AUGAAGUCCGUCUCUGUUCUCUCAUCCAUCCUCCUCGGAGCCGCCUCCGUCCUUGGAGCCCCCGUGACCGAGAGACAAGUCGAAGCUCCGACUGAGUUCAACAUCAGCAAGUUCAGCGCCAACACCUUGCCCCAUGGCACCGGAGCCUUCAUCUACUUUGAUGUCGCCAUCCCCAACACCUCCAUCUCCACUACCUGCGGGUACAGGGACCAAUCCUCCAUCUCGAAGCUCCCAUCGGUAUCUCUCCGAGCUUGCGACGACCCAGCCUUCGAGUGGCAGUUCCACCAGGACCCGUCGCUGCCCGGCACCGAGGGCCGCUACCGUGUCCUCGUGACCUACGCCUACGACACCCCCAAGAAGGUCGCCGGCUACCACGAGUGGCCUGCCACCGACUUCCCCUUGGAGAACUUCGGCUCCACUGUAGCCACCUUCUACCGCGGCGAGCCCGACUUCGUCAUCACCAACGUCUCUUAA